CCUUCCUUCUUUUCCCCCCAGCAAUUUUCUACCCUCCUGGAGGUGCUUUUCCAAUUCCUGCAAGAACCCAAAGAGGUGGAGAGGUUCCUGGCUAGCCUGUCGGAGUUUGCAACGGGGAAUAAAAUCAGCCUCGGCCCUUUGAAGAGCAUCGUCAAAAGUCUCUUGCUGGUACCCAGUGGUGCCUUAAAGAGGAGCCUGACUGCAGAACAAGUCGGAGCAGAUCUUAUCACCCUGGGGCUGAGCGAUGACAAGGCCAGGUAUUUUGAAGAACAGUGGAAGGAAAAUUAUCCCGCCCUCUCGCGCCUGGCUGUGGGGCAGACGCUGACGGUUAACCAGCUAAUAGACAUGGAGUGGAAAUUUGGAGUGACGGCCGGAAGCAGUGAGCUGGAGAAAGUAGGAAGCAUUUUCCUCCAGCUGAAGCUGGUCAUUAAGAAAGGCAGCCGGCUGGAACCAGUAUACCUAGAAUUAACCCUGCCCCAGUUUUACAGCUUCCUUCACGAGAUGGAAAGAAUUAAGACCAGCCUGGAGAGCCUCGGCUGAUUUCACUGCCCAACGGACUCUGCGGGACGUCUGGACCUCAGGACCAAGAUUUCUCUGGCCCCCACCGUUUCUUCCUUCCGUUGGGAAAGGAAAUGUGUGUGAAAUGCAACCCAUCCUGGAUUUAGUGGACGAAAUACAAUUUCAGGGUGAAAAUGGCUUGUCAAACCUGGCAGAGUCCCGCUUUGUCUCGAAGGACAUGACGGGAAUCGGUUGGGAAAACGAAAUGGAAAAUAAAAGUUUCUCCUAUCCAA